AUGAGUUCAUCUCGAGUUAAACCACAACAACCCCCACAACAAGUGGUCAGGUCUCCAAACAAGCCGGACUCAAACGAGGGGAUAGAGAUGGAGAACAUCCAACACCAGGAUCUGGGACUUGGAGGUGUGAUUGGAACUCCAUCACCACCGUCCAGACAAGCAUGGAGCAGGGACAACCCAGGAUUUGAGCCUGAGGAUGAGAUUAUGAAAGCAAACUGGCCCCCAUCGAGUCCCGGGCUUAGAUCAGCCUCCACGGCCUCUGGCAGCAGCUGCAGCAGCGGCCUGGGCAGCUUCCCCCGUGAGGCUGUGUACCCCUCUCCCACAGGGGACAGCCAGCAGCAGGACAGAUACCCAAGCUGCUUGAAACGAAUACUUCACAAGAUAAGAGUUUUGUGGGGCACGGACUUGAUGGAGGACAGUGACAGUAGCAGGGAAAGAUAUCUGAGGAACAUCUUAAGGGAAAUGAUUACAUACAUUACGUUCCUCAUAACUCUGUGCAUCUUGACAUACGGGAUGGUGAGUGUCAACAUGUAUUAUUACACCAAAGUCAUGUCUCAGCUUUUCCUGGACUCACCAUUGUCAGUCGGAGAUCCUACAUCAUUUAGAAAUCUUGCCACAAUGGAUGAUUUCUGGAAGUACACAGAAGGCCCUUUUCUUAACGGCAUCUACUGGGAUGUGUGGUACAACAACAAAAGUCUAUCAUCAAAUCGGAGCCAUAUUUUCUAUGAGAACCUCCUACUCGGCGUCCCUCGACUCAGACAAGUGAAAGUGCGCAAUGAGUCCUGCUCUGUUCACGAGGAUCUUCGAUACAUAGUCCAAGACUGCUAUGAUAUGUACACCGGUUACAACGAAGACAAGGCACCAUUUGGCCCCAAGAAAGGAACAGCUUUUGUGUACACAACAGGCAGUGACAUGAAUAGCAGCAGUCACUGGGGCCAGGUGACAAAAUAUGGAGGGGGAGGAUACUAUCAAGAUCUAUCCAACACAAAAGGAGAAUCAUCACGUCAGCUGCAAUAUUUGAAAGAAAACUCAUGGCUAGACAGAGGCACAAGAGCUGUAUUCCUGGACUUCUCUGUCUACAAUGGCAACAUUAAUCUGUUCUGCAUCAUCAGGUUGUUGGUGGAGUUCCCUGCAACAGGAGGGAGUGUGACCUCCUGGCACUUUCAGACCGUGCGUUUGAUUCGUUAUGUGUCAAGCUGGGACUACUUUGUGGGCGUCUGCGAGAUCACCUUCUGCUUAUUCAUCCUUUAUUAUGUGGUGGAAGAAGCUUUGGAAAUCCGGAUUCAUCGGCUGCAUUACUUCAAGAGUUUAUGGAACUGCCUGGAUGUUCUCAUUGUCAUGUUAAGCAUCGUUGCAAUUAUCAUGAACAUAACUAGAACAGCCAUGGGAGGAAACCUGUUCAAGAUCCUGUUGGAGAACCACACUGGUCAUCCCAGUUUUGAGACUUUGGCGAACUUGCAAGUCCAGUACAACAAUGUAGCAGCAGUCAUUGUGUUCUUCUCAUGGGUCAAGCUCUUUAAGUUCAUUAACAUCAACAAAACCAUGAGUCAGCUGUCCACCACCAUAUCCCGCUGUGCAAAGGACCUAGUGGGCUUCGCCAUCAUGUUCUUCAUCAUCUUCCUGGCUUACGCACAGUUGGCAUACUUGGUGUUUGGGACGCAAGUCAACGAUUUUAGCACGUUUCAAGACAGCAUUUUGACUCAGUUUCGCAUUAUCUUGGGAGACUUUGACUUUUCUGAAAUCGAGGAAACAAAUCCAGUGCUUGGACCGCUCUAUUUCACCACCUAUGUCAUUUUCAUUUUCUUUGUUCUUCUGAAUAUGUUCCUGGCCAUCAUUAAUGACACUUAUUCAGAAGUGAAAGCAGAUAUGUCCCAGCAACGAUCUGAGAUGGAGAUGACAGAUCUCAUUAAAAAGGGCUGUAACAAAGCACUGAUGAAACUGAGGCUCAGAAAGACCACCGUAGACGAUAUCUCGGACAGUCGGCGUCAGACAGGGGGCAAGCUCAGCUUGAACGAACUACGUCAAGAUCUUAAGGGAAAAGGGCAUACAGAUGCAGAAAUUCAGGCCAUCUUUGCCAAGUAUGACCAAGAUGGUGACCAGGAGCUCACAGAACACGAACACCAACAAAUGAAGGACGAUCUGGAGAAGGAGAGAGAGGACUUGGAUCUGGAGCGUAAUUCUAUGGGCAGACCGAGCACUGGGCGAAGCUUCCCACGACCACAAGAGGACUCCGAAGAGGACGAUGACGAGGACAGUGGACACAGUUCUCGUCGUCGGGGCAGCAGCUCUGGGGGCGUGUCCUACGAGGAGUUUCAAGUGCUGGUGAGGCGCGUGGAUAGAAUGGAACACUCUAUUGGCAGCAUUGUGUCUAAGAUAGAUGCAGUGAUUGUGAAGCUGGAGACCAUGGAAAGGGCCAAAGUCAAAAGAAGAGACGUGCUUGGCAGACUUCUGGACGGAGUUAUAGAAGAUGAGCGGCUAGGGCGAGACACAGAGGGGCACAGGGAGCAGAUGGAGAGACUGGUGAGGGAGGAGCUCGAUCGUUGGGAAUCUGAUGACAUGACCUCACAGGUGAGCCAAGCCCAGGUCGCUACACCUGUGGGCCAGCGAGCCCACACCCCUUCCUCUAUGUCCACUGAGGGGCCGGAGAGCAGCAUUAUCCUCAGCAACGGACAUGUGUGA